AUGAGCAAGACACAACCGACAAGUUAUUUUGACAUUGUCGGGUCAAAAAGUUACCAAGAACAAGUAGCAAAUGCUUGUGGUAUAUAUCCCGAUAAACGUAUCUUACGCUACGGCCCCGCCCCACCACCUACUGCUAAAGUCGAUAUCACCAAAAAUACACAACCCACCCUCAAUACUAGCACUUCAUCUUCAGUAAAGAGACAUAUCAUUACUUCUCCAGAAAAGAUUCUAGACGCGCCCUACAUGGCCGAUGACUAUUACCUCAAUGUUCUCGAUUGGUCUUGUCACAACGUAGUUGCCGUUGGCCUUGGCAAGUCCGUCUAUCUUUGGAGUGCUGAUAAUGGCACGAUCCAAGCUCUUAAUUACGAUUAUGAUGACCCCGUCGCUUCACUAUCCUAUUCUGCAGACGGCACCUACCUUGCAGUAGGCACAACCAAAGGAGAUACCCAAAUUUGGGAUGUGCAAGCCAACAAAAAGCUGCGUUCAAUGAAAGGUCAAGACUGCCGAGUGGGCGUUCUUUCUUGGGACAAGCAUAUCAUCUCAUCUGGAGCUCGUGAUGGCAGUAUCUUUAGUCAUGACGUCCGACUGGCAAAACACGUUGUCAGAGAACUUUAUGGUCACGCUGAUGAAGUUUGCGGUCUCAAAUGGCGAUGGGAUGGUGAAUUGCUUGCCAGUGGUGGUAAUGACAACACUGUGAACAUCUGGGAUGCCAGAACAACGACACCAAAAUACACUAAACGUACCCAUGUCAGCGCUGUCAAGGCUCUAGCCUGGUGUCCAUGGAACCGAAGUAUCCUAGCUACGGGUGGUGGUCGUGAUGAUAAAAAGAUUCACUUUUGGAAUACAACCACAUGCGCCCGCCUAAACACGAUUCAUGCUGGCUCUCAAGUCACUUCACUUCACUGGUCCCAGCAUUAUAAAGAAAUUGUGUCUACACAUGGAUUGCCACAUAAUCAAGUGACAGUUUGGGGAUACCCAACUCUUAACAAGAUUAUAGAUAUUCCCGCACACGAAACUAGAAUUUUACACUCUGCCUUGAGUCCUGAUGGACAAGUUCUUGCAACAGCAGCGGCAGAUGAAAACUUGAAGUUCUGGAGAAUCUUUGAAUCAAAUGGAAAGGCACCACUUGCGUCAGAAAGUGCACGCUUAACAGAAAAGAAGGAGAUACAACUAAGAAGAAGCAAGAGUAUUCGCUAA